AUGCAUCCUCAUAUGAAGAAGAGUGGGACAUCUUCUGACGAUGGCUGGGGUGCACCACCGCCUGCUACGGAUGACUGGCAAACUCCUCAACCUCCCAUCCGUGAUGAGUCUGACACUUCGGAUGCACACAUUGAUGACAAGUCUGAUCUCCCAGCGAUCCCUCGUUAUGAAGUUGUGCCCACGCAAGUGGUGCUAGCCUCCAGUGUGCCUCGUGCGAAGCUGCUCACUUCAAGCUUGCCUUCUACAGAAGCUAGUCACGGAGACCAAGCUCCCGAAAGCAUGGCACACGUCGAAGGCCUGGUCAGUGUUCCUGUCAUCGAUGGACAUGAAGAAGCAACUGCGCCUUUCCCGGAGUAUGAGGAGCCCGAGUUUGGCGAGUACAAACAGGCAGAAGGCUUCAUGUCUGCAAAGGAUAUCGACGGCUGA